UGCACGCUGGUGUUUGGUCAGAUUAGGCGACCCGUCAGAAUUUGUAACGGAAGUGCUGUUUGGUCCUUCAGGGUUACACGCAGGAUUGAAGCAAGUCUAUGGGAGGACAGGAGUACAUUUCAAAGAUUCCUCAACCGUGCACAUGGAGGUGUUGAACUUUUGAUGUUAACCUUUAGUGAUUACUUAUACUUAUAGAACUUGUAGCCAAAAUGAUCUUUACACACAAAAUAAUGCAGAGAUUCAACUUUUCUCAUGCAUACCGACAAACAAAGGCAUUUUGUCCUUUGUUGUAUUCUUCUUUUCACCAUCCUAUCCUAAAUUCACAUGCUAGAAGUUACAGGAGGCCAGGCACUUCUCCUGAUCAUAUACCUUUUUGGAAAAAAAAUGAUUUCACCCUCAAAAAUACAGCUGAAAGUCUAAAGAGAAAUUUUUAUCUUCUGUUUAAAGAGAUGGGAGACCAUCUUAGAGGUCCAGGAGGACAACCUCUAAAGGAGAGCCUUAUCGAACAGACAACUGUGGUGUGGGAUUUUAGAAGCCCUGAAGAUCUGCAGAAAUGGACAGCGUCAUCUGACAUGGAAAUUGGUGGGAAAAGCCAGGCUUUCCUGAAGCUUGGAAGGAAUGAUCAAACUGCACUUUUUUAUGGAGUGCUUAAUUCUGAAGUACCUCGUGAUGGAGAAACAACUUCCAGUGGAUAUUGCACUUUGAGGUCAAGGCCUCCUAAGGGAGCUUUUGGACGUAAAUUCAACUAUGACUGGUCCAACUUCAAUACACUGCACCUGAGAAUUCGAGGAGAUGGACGGCCUUGGAUGGUGAAUAUACAGUCUGAAACCUAUUUUUCACUACAGUGGGAUGAUUUAUAUCAUUAUUUCCUCUACACACGUGGAGGUCCAUACUGGCAGGAUGUUAAGAUAACCACUCUUGGAUUCACAAUUGCCGACAGGGCAGAUGGACCUUUUCAACUUGAAAUAGAUUUUAUAGGGCUGUGUAAUGAUCACGCACAUCAAGAAGAGUUUGCAUAUGAGUUAUACAAGGAUACACCUUUAUAAAAAAAAAAAAAAAAAAAAAUGGAACUGUGGUUCAAUAUAGUACAUUUUAAACCAAACCUGUGUCCUUUCAAGUGGCUUUUCUGUGGGGAGUAUGGAGUUUAUAUACAUUUACAGUUUGUAGGCAAUAUAUGGUACCGUUCACUAUUCAUUAACUUAUGCAGAAAAUGUGCUAUCAAUGCUUAUGAAACAUGGGGUACAUUUUAAAAGAAACAAAUCAUGAGACAAAUGGAGGCGUUAUUGCUAAAUGCUCGUUCUGAUGCUUGUUAGGCCGACUCUCUAAUACUUGAGUCACUGACACCAAACAAAUAUGCAGAUGAAGAUUGUUAACCUUACUCUGGACUUGCCUAGAGACAUCUUCUGGGUCAGUAAGAGCUGCUUCACGUGUUAUGACAGAACUGUCCUGCACCCAACUUGGGUGCCUCUGUCACCCAAACUUUUUUCUAGGAACCAGGUAUUUUAUCUGAGCAUCCAAGACUAGACAACAAUAUCUUAUAAGCAAACUGUAAAUCUUUAUUGAAAACUCACACAGAAUUCAUAUCACACAAUUUCAGGUAGGCCUGAUCACAUUUACCCCAACAAUACAAACUGUAAACAGCAAAUCUAAUUAACAUAACUAAGGAACAGCCAACAUACAUACAAUGCUAAUUCACAUCUAGAGAGAAAUAAGAAAUAUCCUAAAUUGCUACUAAGGACUGUAGGGUUAUGUAUUAUUGGAUGUAGCUGUGAGGGUAAACAAUCCAUGGUUGAUAAUGAUCAAACUCAGUGCAGCUGGUACAACACUGGAAUAAUGUGGAACACAAAGCGCCUGCGUGCGAAACAUGUAUGUCGCAGCAACAGCACAGAUUGCAUUCCACAAGCUGACCACAGACGUCCCUUCCUCUGUAUCUGGCGCAGCACUGACAUCAUUCCAGGCACGUCGGUCACAUCCAGGCAACCUCACACCUUUCCAGUCCUGACAUACACGGCCCUCUAUCCUCCCGCUCCUAGCAGCUUUAUCCAUCUUGGACCCGGCUCUAUCACAAUCUUCUACAGUCUCUGGACUCCUUGGGACCAGAUUUCCAUCCUUUUCAACAUGGGCAUUGGUGCCCCCCAUGGAUGUCUGUUCACCCCUCUUCCCCAUCUGAGGUCACCUAUGGUAACGUUGAAUAACUUUUAUCUGUCCAUUGAAUCAUUGUUUUUAUACCCCUUUCCCAGCUGAUUUUUAGACUUUGCAUCCGCUCAUCAUAUCUAUGAUGGCAUAAACAUUGUUGGAUCAUCAUUCCAUGGUAACAAGUGCAUGUUUUUAUCAAUACUACACUUUCGAUCUUACUCAUAGAGCGAUUCUGUUUUGUUUAAUAAACAUCUAGCAACUACAGGUGAUACUCAAAAAAUUUGAAUAUUGUGCAAAAGUUUAUUAUUUCACUAAUGUAACUUAAUAGGUGAAACUAAUAUAUGAGAUGGACUCAUUACAUGCAAAGCAAGAUAGUUCAAGCCGUGAUUUGUCAUAAUUGCGAUGAUUACUACAAAUCCACAAUUUCAGAAAAUUUUAAUAUUACAUGCAAUCAAUAAAACAAGGAUUGUACAUA